CAGAUUCCUAUCGGUUGGAAGAAAAAAUGGUUGAAGCAGAUAGACCAGGAAAGCUCUUUAUUGGUGGGCUCAAUACAGAGACAAAUGAGAAAGCGCUUGAGGCAGUAUUUGGCAAAUAUGGACGAAUAGUGGAAGUGCUUUUGAUGAAGGACCGAGAAACUAACAAGUCAAGAGGAUUUGCUUUUGUCACUUUCGAAAGCCCAGCAGAUGCAAAGGAUGCUGCCCGAGACAUGAAUGGAAAGUCCUUAGAUGGAAAAGCCAUCAAGGUGGAGCAAGCCACCAAACCAUCAUUUGAAAGUGGUAGACGAGGACUACCUCCGCCUCCAAGAAGCAGAGGCCCCCCGAGAGGACUUCGAGGAGCAAGAGGAGGAAGUGGAGGAACUAGAGGACCCCCCUCACGUGGAGGGCACAUGGAUGACGGUGGCUAUUCCAUGAAUUUUACCAUGAGUUCUUCGAGGGGACCUCUUCCAGUAAAAAGAGGACCACCACCACGAAGUGGAGGUCCUCCUCCUAAAAGAUCAGCUCCUUCAGGACCAGUUCGUAGCAGCAGCGGAAUGGGAGGAAGAGCCCCUGUGUCACGUGGAAGAGAUAGUUAUGGAGGCCCGCCACGAAGGGAGCCCCUUCCCUCUCGCAGAGAUGUGUAUUUGUCCCCAAGAGAUGAUGGCUAUUCCACUAAAGACAGCUAUUCAAGCAGAGACUAUCCAAGUUCUCGAGAUACAAGAGAUUAUGCACCUCCACCAAGAGAUUAUACUUACCGUGAUUAUGGUCAUUCCAGUUCACGUGAUGACUACCCAUCAAGAGGCUAUAAUGACAGAGACGGAUAUGGCCGGGAUCGUGACUAUUCAGACCAUCCCAGUGGAGGUUCCUACAGAGAUUCCUAUGAGAGUUAUGGUAACUCACGUAGUGCUCCACCUACACGAGGGCCCCCGCCAUCUUAUGGUGGAAGCAGUCGCUAUGAUGAUUACAGCAGCUCAGAG